AUGCGAUCUUCAGGAAGUUCUGUAUAUGCGACCAGAAUACCAAAAGGGGCAGUGGUAGGGAAACGAUGGCGAAUAGUCAAGAAGCUCGGUGAAGGUGGAUUUGGAGCUGUCUACAAGGUCGAGGAUGUAGUGAAAAGGAAAUUAGCUGCUCUAAAGGCUGAAGCUAACAACAAGCGUGGUGGUGUUUUACGCUUAGAGGCGAAGGUAUUGCAUCGACUCGAAGGAAAGCCUCAUGUAGUUCAACUUAUUCAAACAGGUAAAAAGGACUCAUAUUCCUAUAUAGUAAUGACAUUACUUGGCGAAAGUUUGGAUAAAGUUAUAAGCAGGAUCGGAAAAAUUUGCUCCAUAUCAACGCAAGUACGGAUUGGAAUACAAGUUUUAUUUGCAAUAAAGCAGAUCCAUGAUACAGGAUUUAUACACCGAGAUGUGAAGCCAGGAAACAUGGCACUCGGAAUGAGAUCCACAGAAGAGUCUCGCUUAAUUCACAUCUUGGAUUUUGGAUUGGCCAGAGAGUACGUUGUUGUGGAUAAAGACGGAGCCACGAAAAUGCGUCGUCCAAGACCAAAAGUACAUUUCAGAGGCACUCUACGGUACUGCUCGGCAAACGUCCAACUGCGAUGCGAGCAAGGUCGAGUGGACGACCUCUGGUGUCUACUCUACAUUAUGGUUGAGCUCAGAGGUCGCUUACCCUGGGCGAAUGCACAGUAA